AAAAAAGAAAAAACGUAUAGGAAGUCAUCAAUAACAUUAAAUGUAAUCAUUUCCUUACCAACGCGAUGCAGUGAGGAGUGAAAUUAUGAUAUGACACUUUAGGAAGCGGUCGCCGUGUGACUGUAAUAAAAAUUGUUAUAUGCGAAAUGCUAAGCAAAAAGAGAGUGUACGUACGUAUGUAUGUAUGGCUGUGAGUAUGUGAGAAAAAAAAUUUAAUUUAAAGCGAUAUAAACUCAAAAUAACGCUUCAAUACAUAAAAUGUUUACAAAAGCUUGCCAGUGCUCUAGUGCUACUUUAAUCUCGCAUUCGAGCAUUUCCUCUUUCGACGAAUUUCAUAAUGCAAACACACUUUGAUAUUUACAUACACGUAUGUAUGUAUUUGAUGCUAUUGCAAAACGCUCACCAUUUGCACCUUCACUACCGUCAUAUUCCUCAAUAGUUUGAACCAGUUUGUCGGCCAAAGUUAAUAACGUCGCAAGAGUUCAACCAAAAAUAGACAAAAAGAAACAAAAGCACGCUAACCGAGCCAAAGCAACCCAUGUGAGUGAUGAAGUAGAUGAAGCAGCAAAGGAAGAAAUCAAAGAAAGAAGUGUUGAGGAGUUGCUUGCUUCGACCGGCGUUUUGGAUUUAGACAUUUUGUUGCUUUUUUGUUGUUUCUUUCAUUACUUGCUGCCAUACACAUAGGCACUUGUGUGGUCACCUCUGCCGCGUCUGUGCAUAUCAACGGCUCAUUUUAUUAGGCAAAAUCUAUGGUGAAUCGCGGGAUGAAUGCAACAAAACACUUUCGUUUUCGUUUUUGUUUUCGUUUUCGUUUUCUACUUAUUUUUUCGCCUUUUUAUCGGCUGCUUUGGAGAGCACGCCUCUAAGAGUUCAGCUAAGCGCUAAGCGCUAAGCGCUCGGCACACAUUUAUGGUAUAUAAAGUUGCUGGAUGACACUGGAAAGUCAUCAGUUACACAGUUCUUCUCACAACUGGUGCUUGGUUAACUUCGUCUACCGACUUACACGUAGCAAAUAACUAAGCUUAACCUACAACAAAAUGAAGGUUUUCGUUUGCAUCUUAGCUGUGUUGGCCACAGCGCAGGCUGGUUUCCUCGGCCUUGGCGGUGGUAGCGGUGGCGGCGGCGGUGGCGGUGGCUACUCAUAUGGUGGCGGACAUGGUGGUGGACAUGGUGGCUACAGCGGUGGCGGUCACGGUGGCGGUGGACACGGCGGUGGCGGCGGUCAUGGCGGUGAUGUGAAAAUUAUCAAGAUCAUCAGCGCUGAUGACGGCGGUCAUGGUGGUGGACACGGUGGCUUCGAUGGCGGCUACGGCGGCGGUCAUGGUGGACACGGUGGUUUUGAUGGCGGUUAUGGCGGUGGUCAUGGUGGUCACGGUGGUGGACAUGGCAGCGGUUUCGAUGCCUAUGGCACUGGUGGCGAACUCAAAAUCAUUAAGGUCAUUAGCGGAGGCGGCGGCGGUGGCGGCCAUGGUGGAUACAGCGGCGGCGGCGGUCAUGGCGGUCACGGUGGAUACAGCGGCGGCGGUCAUGGCGGUCAUGGCGGUCACGGCGGUCAUGGCGGUGGCGGUCACGGUGGUGACGUGAAAAUCAUCAAGGUCGUACAUGAGGAGGGCGGCGCUGGUGGUUUCGAUGGCGGUUACGGCGGUGGACACGGUGGCUUCGAUGGCGGUUACGGCGGUGGACACGGUGGCUUCGAUGGCGGCUACGGCGGUGGUCAUGGCGGACACGGUGAUCACGGCGCUGGUGGUGAAAUCAAAAUAAUCAAGGUCAUCAGCGAUGGCGGCGCUGGCGGUUAUGGUGGCGGCUACGGUGGCGGUGAUGCCGGCGGCUGGGCUGCUGGUGGCGGCGGUGCUGGCUGGUUGUUCGUGUGCUUACUGGCACUUAGUGCCUUGACGGCGUCUACAAAUGCAGGAUUUCUUGGAUUGUUAGGAGGCCUUAAAGGAGGCGGCGGCGGUGGCGGUGGCUACGGCGGUGGCGGUGGCUACAGUGGUGGCGGCGGCUAUAGCGGUGGUGGCGGAUACGGAGGUGGCGGCAGCGGUGGCGGUGUCCAAGUUAUCAAAGUUAUUUCCAGCGGUGGCGGCGGUUACAGUGGAGGCGGCGGAUACAGUGGAGGCGGCGGCUAUAGCGGGGGUGGUGGCUACAGCGGCGGUGGUCAUGGAGGCGGUGGCUGGGAUGGCGGUCACGGCGGUGGCGGCUACGGUGGUGGCGGUUAUGGAGGCGGUGGCUACGGAGGCGGCGGUCAUUCCGGCGGCGGUGUUCAAGUUAUUAAAGUGAUCUCAUCUGCAGGAAGUGGCGGUUACAGCGGCGGUGGCGGCUACAGCGGUGGUGGCGGCUACAGCGGAGGUGGCGGCUACAGCGGCGGUGGCUGGAAUGGCGGUCACGGUAGCAGCUAUGGCGGUGGCGGUUACGGCGGUGGCGGUUACGGCGGUGGCGGUUACAGCGGUGGCGGUCAUUCUGGUGGUCACGUACAAGUCUAUAAAGUCAUCUCUGUGGGAGGAGGUCACAGUGGCGGCGGCGGUUAUGGAGGCGGCGGCUACAGCGGCGGCGGCGGCUAUGGCGGCGGCGGCUGGUCUGGUGGUAGCAGUGGUGGCGGUAGCGGCGGCUGGGGCGGUUGGGAUAGAAAGAAGUAGAUUGGGGAGCUGAAAAGCUAACUGUAUGUUUCCUAUAAGCCGUAAGAUGAAGUUUUUAAAUCAAAAUGAUUUGAUGCACUGCCAUUGUUCGUGUCCUUCGAAGAUGCAAAUCACGAAGCGCUAAGAAUAUUUAAUGUACAAUAUGUUUUUGAAAGUAAAAAAAAAUCAAAUUUUAGCGUGAUAAUGAAUUAGAUGAUA